CUCUACUAGGUCCACCACUCAUGCCACGCACAGCUAGGAGCGCACAGACUCGUAGCAUUGCCUGCGUUGCGGUUUACUAGGUUCUCCUUGCGGACAGAGCCAGAAGCUGCGAGAAGACCCAAACUGCUGCUGCUGCCACUGUAAAAGAGAGAAACAGUAUAGGUUGUUGCCUUAAUCACAAGCUUUUGCUUGGAUCUAUAGAGAUACAGUACUCUCUUAGCUUAGGGGCGAGUAUUCAGUUGGUGGGUGGAUCGAUCGGGCUGCAUGCGUGAAUGCAUGUGCUUGGGAAUCCACGAGACCCUAUUUUAUUCCGGGCACACUGAUUGCCGCAGGCAGGAUCUAGCUACCUACUAUCUCCCUUCACCGUCUGUAGUGCUGGUAUAAGGAGCAGCACCUGCCCAUUGGUCAUAUAGACUCUCCUGCUCGAGGACGAUCGAGGCGUCUUCUUCCUCAAUUGAUUUCUUAUUCGGUUUAUCAGCCAAAUUAGUUACUCAUUAUCUCCCUCCGAACUUUGAGUCACAUACCACUACCAGAGCUCACAAUUCUUCAGCUUGAUCACCAUGGGAGAGGAAGUUAAGAAGGUGGAGGCGGCGGCAAAGGUGGAGGACCAGAAGAAGGAAGAAGCACCAGCGGCUGUUCCGGAAGCAGAGAAAAAGGACGAGGCAGCUGAAGCAGAAGGCGAGGACAAGAAGAAAGAGGAGGCAGCAGCCAAGGAGCCGCCCCAGCUACCUCACCCUUGCAUCCUCGGCAUCAACUUGCAUUGCACCGGUUGUGCCAACAAGAUCAAGAGAUGCAUCCUGAGAUGCAAAGGAGUGGAAGGCGUGGAGGUGGACAUGGCACAGAACCAGGUGACAGUGAAGGGCAUCGUGGAUCCGCAGGGCAUCUGCGAGCGCCUCCGCAAGAGGACCAUGCGCAACGCCACCGUCAUCUCCCCGCCGCCGCCGCCGCCUCCAACAGAUGCCGAUGCAGCCGCCAACCCUAAGGAGGAACCAGUCGUCGUCCAUUCGCAGGUGAGCGAGGUCACGACGAUGGAGCUCCACGUGAACAUGCACUGCGAGGCCUGCGCGCAGCAACUGCAGAAGAAGAUCCUCAAGAUGAGAGGCGUGCAGAGCGCAGAUGCUAACUCCGGUGACGGCAAGCUCACUGUCACCGGCACCAUGUCAGCUGACAAGCUCGUCCAGUACAUCCACCGCCGCACCGGCAAGCUAGCCACCGUCGUGCCCCCGCCACCGCCUCCCGAGGCCCCAAAGGAGGAGGAGCCCAAGAAGGAGGACGGCGAGAAGAAGCCCGAGGAACCGCCUGCAGACGGUGCCAACAAGGAGGAUCAGGAGAAACCGCCUACGGAAGACGCCACCGAGAAGAAAGACGCCGAGGGACAAAAGAAAGAAGAGGAGGCCGCCAAGUCGGAGGAUGGCACUGAAAAGAAGGAAGGGGGCGGUGACGAGGAGAAGGGCAAGCCUGACCUGCUGGCCGUGGACGGGUUUCCGCCGGAGGAGAUGAUGAAGCGGAUGAUGUACUGGCCAUACCCUCAAAAAAACUACUACAACCCUCAGGUGGACGAGGAGGCUAUGAUGGCGAGAAGGAUGACCGUGGUGCACCCCUACGCCAUGCCCAUGAUGCAGUGGACGCCUCCACCUCCUCCCCCGCCUCCACCAGCGCCCGUGGCUCCUCCGAUGAUGUACCAGUACUACAACUAUGGCAUGGUGCAGCCACCACCUCCGGCACCGCAGUACUUCAGCGACGAGAACCCCAACGCGUGUGUCAUCUCGUAGCUCCAUGGAUGACAAUGGAAGUAAUGAUUAACGAUGGUGGCACGGCAUGCAUAUCGCUUGUAUACUAGUAUAAUUAGCUACUAGCUUGAAUGGAGGCCAGCCCUGGCUUACGGUCCAAAUAUUCUUCUUCCCAUGAUAUAUAUGUAGUAUAUGGUAUCAAUAUAUGCGGUCGCGACAAUAAACGAUCACAAACCAAUCUAUGUAUGGCAUGUAGCAUGUUGCACAGAUAAAUUAAUUAAUAAACUGGAAGUUUUUUUU